CAUCCAAAGACAAGAAGUGGAAGCACGGUAGAAGCAGCGUUCGUCGCUUCUUCUUAGAUGUAAAGUUUGAUUUGUGCAUAGUUUUACAUUAAAUAAUCGAACUCAAAUAUCGCUUAUUGAUAAAUAGUGUAAUUGGUGUCGAAAAGUUACACAAAACGUGAGAAAAUGGCAAUAAAAUCAACGUAUUUGAUCACUUUUGGAAUAGUGUUUAUCACCGUCGCUGUACAAAUGGGCUACAGCAUAAAAUGUUGGGAAUGUCGUUCGGAUUCCGAUCCGAAAUGUGCCGACCCAUUCGACAACAGCACCCUCUCGAUCACGGACUGCAGGCAGGUCGAAUCGAAGGAACAUCUUCCCGGAGUGAGGGCAACCAUGUGCCGAAAGAUCCGGCAAAAAGUCCAUGGAGAAUGGCGUUACUUCCGCAGUUGUGCUUUCAUGGGUGAGCCUGGCAUCGAAGGAGACGAACGCUUCUGUCUGAUGCGGAGUGGAACCUACAAUAUCUUCAUGGAAUAUUGCACCUGCAACAGCAAGGAUGGAUGUAACAGUGCUCCAAUGUUUGCCCCAAAGCAGUGGAGUUUGGCGGCGCUUGCGGUGCUGAGUAUUUUUUUGUAUCGUUUGAUUUAGUACCUCUCCUCAACAGUACUGUCCGAGCACCUUUUUAUAGAUUUUGAGCAAAAAAGCAUUCUAUUUUUAAAUACCUCUUAAUUUUAUUUUUUAGAUUCUUAUGAUCUGUUUACGAUCGUUAGCCAUUUUUCGAAACUAUUCUAGUAUUUUCUAGGUAUCGUUUCAAUCGUUUAAAGAUAUUCUCAAAAGUUACGAAUCCGUCCAGAAGUGAACUUAAGAACGUUUCUUAUACACAAAAAAAAAAAAUCGACAUAGAUUUAUACAUAUUAAAAAAAUAGAAGCUAAAUUUUUAGGUCCAGCAGCAAGUGUAAAUAUUAAAAGUAUUGUGCAUUUACAGUAGUGCCUAAUAAAUCGAGUAUUUUC